AGCUGAGUUCCCUGCGCUGCCGGGCGGGUUCCCGCAGAGCCGCCAUGGCCAGGCCGGCUUCGGUAAUGGUGACAUUUGAUGAUGUGGCCUUAUAUUUUUCGGAGCAAGAGUGGGGAAUCCUGGAGAAAUGGCAGAAAGAAAUGUAUAAGCAAGAGAUGAAGACCAAUUAUGAGACCCUUGAUUCCCUGGGCUAUGCUUUUUCCAAGCCAGAUCUGAUCACAUGGAUUGAACAAGGGAGAAUGCUGUUAAUCAGAGAUCGGGGAUGCUUAGAAGAAACAAGAAUGACAGUUAGCCCUUCUACUGAUGAACAGUUGAACUUGAAGAAUAUUGGAAAGUCGCCAUGUUUUGAUGACAAAGGAACUCACAGGACAAAAAAGGAAGAAUGCCAUUUAAAUGAUCUUCCAAAACAAUACUUGGGUGCUACCUUAUCCGGGAAGGAGAGAAAGAUACUUUCAGAUCAAAGAGCCCCCUUCCAAUCUCUAACUCUCCAAGAAAAAGAGCUUCUAAAUAAAAGACUUAGCAUCACGGCAUCUCAUCAGGGCAAGAAAGACUUAUGGCAUAAGCCUCCAGAUACUCUAGGUGACUUGGAAAUUCUGGCAGGGCCAAGAUUUUAUACCUGCUACGUCUGUAGGAAAGUCUUCCAGGUAAAGAGUGACUGGGUAAAGCACAAAAAGAGCCAUUCCAAGAACCAGCCCUGCAAAUAUCCAAAGUACAGAAACAGAUCCAGAGGGAAAUCAGAACUCAGGUGGACCCAGAGGUUCCUGUGUAAGAAGAAGCGGUUCCAGUGCAGUGAGUGUGAGAAGAGCUACUAUCUGAAGGGCAGCCUUGUCACUCACCAGGUGGUCCACACAGGCCAGCGGCCCUUCCUGUGCCCUGAGUGUGGCAAGACCUUCCGGUACAGAGCCAACUUGAAGAAGCACCUGUGUCUGCACAGAGGGGAAAGGCCAUUUUGCUGUGGGGAGUGUGGCAAGGGUUUUACCCAACAGUGCGAGCUCAUGGAGCACCUCCGACUGCACAGCGGGGAGAAGCCUUUCCAGUGUCCGGAGUGUGACAGGAGCUUCCGCCUGAAGAGGGGUAUGAAGGUCCACCUUUCCCAGCACAGGGGGAAGAAACCCUUCCAUUGUCCAGAGUGUGGCAGAAACUUUUCUCGGAAGGCUGCUUUGAAGACCCACCAGAGGACACAUAGUGAAGAAAAGCCGUUUUCUUGUGAUGAAUGUGGUAGGAAGUUCAUCUACAAGAUUAAACUCGAUGAGCAUAUCAGAGUCCAUACAGGAGAGAAGCCCUUUUCAUGUCCCGAGUGUAAUAAAAGUUUCCGCCUAAAAAGAAGCCUACAAGCCCAUCGCUUGCAGCACAGUGGGAAGAAGCCUUUCCAGUGUCCAGAGUGUGACAGGAGCUUCUUCUGGAGGAAUGCCAUGAAGGCCCACCAGCGUCUGCACAGUGAGGAGAAGCCGUUCUCCUGUGGGGAGUGUGGCAAGAAGUUCACCCGGCCCUCCAAGCUCGCUUGCCACACCAGAGUCCAUGACAGGCAAAAGGAAUUCCCCUGUGGUGAGUGCAAAAAGACCUUUUCUCAGCAGUCAAGGCUCACGCAGCACCUCAAGGUCCACACUGCAGAAAAGCCAUUCUCCUGUGCUGAGUGCAGCCGGAGUUUCCGGCGACGUGCACAUCUCACUGAGCACAUGAGGCUUCACAGUGGAGAGGAGCCAUUCCAGUGCCCUGAGUGUGACAAGAGCUUCUCCUGGAAGGCCUCUAUGAAGUUCCACCAGCGCAUGCACAGGGAUGAAAAGCCCUUUGCAUGUGGUGAGUGUAGCAAGACCUACACUCAUCAGUCUCAGCUCACUGAACAUCUGAGAGUCCACAGUGGAGAGAAACCCUACCAGUGUCCUGAGUGUGAUAAAAGUUUCCGUCUCAAAGGAAAUUUGAAAGGCCACCUGCUCCAGCACAGCGGCAAAAAGCCAUUCUCUUGUGUUAUGUGUGGCAAAAGUUUCACUCAGCAGUACAGGCUCACAGAACACAUUCGCGUCCACAGUGGUGAAAAGCCCUUCCAGUGUCCAGAGUGUGACAAGAGCUACUGCAUCAGGGGAAGCUUGAAGGUCCAUUUGUAUACACACAGUGGAGAGAGGCCUUUCAGGUGUACUGAGUGUGGCAAAGGCUUCCUCCAGAAGAGAAGCUUGAAGGCCCAUCUGUACCUUCACAGUGGGGAGAGGCCUUUUUCUUGUGAUGAGUGUGGAAGGAGCUUCACAUACGUGGGGGCACUGAAGACUCACAUUGCUGUGCAUGCCCAGCAAAAGCUCUCCUAUCUCUAGGUCAAGCUGUGUGGCAGUCCCACAGUGACAUCUUGUAGGUGGAGCCAGCAGUUUUGUUGGCUCAAGUCGCGGCAGGUUAAAGAAUUAACAGGAUACUGGCUACAGACAUGCUGGCAGAGGCACAGUCAGCAGGACCUGAUGGCUCCUUGACCGAAGUUCUGAAUAAUCCAGGCACAGACAGUCAGAGACAUUUCCCUUUGGUAACCCACAUAGGAAAGGCCU